CGAUAUUUUCAGCCGUCAAAAUUUAUUCAUGUGUUCAUUAACAAUUCUUGAUAACUGUGUUAUGGUUAUUUGGUAAUAAUGUAGAUAUAUAGGUUGUUUUGUCAUGUCCUCUGUUGCACAAGUGCUCAGACAAGCAGAUACAUUGAAAGCAACAAUAUCAGACUCUGGCAAAAAUAUAUCAGAGCUAUGGGUUACAAGGCAGCGUCUCGAAGAUUUGUACAAGAAAAUAUUGUUGAUGGAUUUGGAAUAUGCUCUUGACAAAAAGGUUGAACAGGACUUAUGGAACCAUGCCUUUAAAAACCAGAUUAACAUAUUACAGACUCAAGCCAAGGACAAACAGAAUGCUAAACGAGGUGAAGUACAGGCUAGUUUGAAUUUGUUCCUGGAAACUGCCAGUGGUUUUUACCUGCAGUUUUUACAGCAGAUAUGUACCACCUUCAAGUUGGACCUUCCGUUCAGAAGAAAAUCUGCAGUGUUUGGUGUCAUGAAAGAAAAAUGUCAGUUGAAAACAAGAAUAACUCCUCCAAAGAAGAGCUCCUGUCUGUAUGUCUGUCAGCAUUGUCUUGUACAUCUUGGGGAUAUCGCUCGAUAUCGCCAGCAGGUUGAACAGGCACAGACAUACUACCAACACGCCGCUAACCUCGUUCCUCAGAAUGGCCAGCCUUACAAUCAGCUGGCUAUUUUGGAAGCAGCGAGAGGAAACAAGCUGUCCACAGUGUUCUACUACAUCCGCAGCCUCGCUGUCAGACAUCCAUUCCCAGUGGCGGCAACAAAUCUCGAGAAAUUCUACGCCAAACUCACCAAGGACAUUUUCAGGGUCGAGAUGGCUCUGCAAGGCAUGCAUGGUGGUGUGGGCAUUAUAGAACGCACGCUGGAUAUGAGGCAGAAUGCCAUGACUGGUCGGGGGCAGGCAGGACUCAGAGUAUGUGUCCUAAUCUCCAAUGAUGUAAUUGUCGCCCUGCUCUACCACAUCCCCGUAUUGCUGCAACACGACCUUGAUGAGCUGUGGGUACGAACUGGAGUGGGAGAUUCCACUCGUAAAGGCAGCUCUCUGGACAACCUGCCUUCGACCAGCCACAGUAUCCUGCCUCGUAUCCAGCGUGCGUUCUAUAAUGCCCACACCACCAUGCAUGCCUUGCAGAGCCAUUUCGACCCUGACACUGUUGGAUCACUGAAGCCACAAGAUUGUGGCUAUGAGCACGACCAAGGACAGCUAAUGUCUGCAACAUCACAGAAAACCCUCGAGGUUAAUUGGUCAGUCAUAUGCUCAUGUGAUAAGUGUAUCAGAAUUCUUUAUUUUUUCAAUACCCACCUUGUGCACAAUAAAAGUGUACACGUGUAUGCAUGGACAAAAACUGUUAGCAUAAAACAAUAUUUACUGUGCCUCACCCACAAUCCCUUCUUGAACAUCAUAUAUUUUGACAUGAGAUAUAAAUUUAAUCAUGUGAAUGAAACUUUUUUUCCAGAUUUAAAUAAAGCUUCAUCACUUAAGGAUAAACUGUUGAGUAGCUUGCCGUCACACGUGAUAACGCAGAGUUUCACCAGCAGUGUUCUCAUUCAGUUUGUCGCCAUCACGAUAUUCUCGCUGCACCACAUACAGAAGGAGCUGAAUGUCGGUUCGUCGUCGAACCAGGGAGCUGUGACCAAGGAUGAGCAGAGAUGCUUUCAGUUGAUGUUUUCUUUCAUGAUUUGUGUGUUGGACAUACUGCUGCAGAACACCCCGAAACAGGAGCCGAAAGCUCGGGAAUUCUUCACUCUGCCAGCUGUUAAGAUCAUCUUUGAUUGGCUUCAUCUCAACAAGGACUGUAUUGACAAACAAGUGCUUGUAAAUUCUGGGUUCUGGAGUAGCCUUGCCAAGCUAUUGAAUAACCUGCAGACUUUAUCUAACAAAGAAAACACCCCUGACAGUGUCAGGUAUGAGGAUGUCCCUCUGCCUGAAGACUGCGAAGUUCGGUGUUUUCAGCCCAUUGAAAAAGCACAUGGUAACUACAGCUUCAGCCGAGUCUCGGUGGACAGCUUGCCACUGUCUGUGGAGGUUCACCUCCGAUAUCUCCGUCUCAUCGAACAUGGAAAGUGGCUGGCUAUGGAAUUCUCAAGCUCGAAUGUCUUCUGUUGUGUCACUCUCAAGUCCGGCCACCUGCAGUUCAGUGCUCCUGGAAGUCAAAACAGAGAUGGAAGUGGGAGUAUCACAGAAAAGAAAUUUGGACGGCAGAAUGUUGCAAUGCAGGCUAUUAUUCAGAAGCAAGAGCAGCAAGAAGCCACUGACAGUGAUAUGGGAACCUCGGCAAAAAUAAUUGAUGGCCCAGGUCUGUAUGAGAUUGACAGAAAUAUACCAUUACCGGCAAUGACUGGACAAACGUCGCCCAAGUAUUUUCUUGGAAUUCCAACAAACGAGCCACAGUUCAUGAAACUAAAGCACGCCAAGACUACGGCCAUUGCCUCGGCUCACAUGAGGUUCAAUGGCUCGAACGUGCAGCAGUCUCCGGCAUUUCCAGGUUACAUUUCUCCUUCCCAGACCAAUGGCUCUGGUCCACAGCAACAUAUGGGCUAUCCAGGCAGAAACUCCACCCAAGCACAACUUCCACCUCGUAUGAUGCCUGGAGGUCAGGGUCAGUGUAUGACUCCUGGAGGUCAAGGUCAGUGUAUGACACCUGGAGGUCAAGGUCAGUGUAUGACACCUGGAGGUCAGGGUCAGUGUAUGACACCUGGAGGUCAGGGUCAGCCUAUGACACCCGGCAAUCAAGGACCAAGACUUUCUCCGGGAAACCAGUCGAAUCCGCCAAGAACCUCUCCGAAUGGAACUAUGGGCUCAGGAGUUUCUCCCCAGAGCAUGCCUCAGUGUGCCCCAUUCAUGAUGCAGCCACCCGUGUUCUCACAGAAUGACCCAUACCAAAUGGCAUCUCCCAUGGUGGCUGGCUCCAUGAUCGGGUCACCCGGCGUGACUCCACCAGACAGUCAGACUGGACCAAUGAUAUCGCCCACCCAGCAGCAGAUCAGGGCGGCCAUGAUGAGGCAGCCCCCGCCCACUGUCCCCCUUGGCAACCUGUCGCCCAGUCAGGUGAUAGCAGCCAUGGCACUGACCAAUCAGAUGAAUGCUCAGCAGCAGCAGCUGAUGAAAGCCAAUCAGCAAGGGGCUGUCCCUCCUCAGUUGCAGCCGCACCAUCUGUUCCAGCAGGCUCUUGGAACAGAGCGCGUGCAGACGUCACCAAAAGAUCAACAGCAGCCCGGUCAGACGGCCCCGCUCAAACCAGGCUAUCCAUCUAUAGGCGGUGCAGCAGGGUUUCCAGGACUGUCGGCUCAAGGCAGUCCAAUGGGUGCUCCACCUUUCAGACACGCACCUCCUCCGCUAAACAGUGAUGGCCAGCCACAUCAGAAUGUGUUGAUCGGAUUCAACCCACUUACAAUCAAGCCUCCAAGACCUCCAUUUCAAGAACAGCGUCUGAACUCGACCUUUCAAGGUCAUGCAGAGGGAACACCUAAACCUGGUGGUUUCUAUCCAGAAAGAAGGGAGCCGGAGAAUGUGAGCAGCAAGUCCGAGUCCCAGCCCACAUCUCAGCCAGGCGUGUACUCUCUCUUCAGUAACUCUCCCUGGGCCGUACCAAUCUCAGCGACCGGGGAUUCCAAAAGUUUGGGUUCGUCUCCUUUCUCCUCGGCUGCUAGUAGUAUCCGCAACUCCCCUGAACACAGCACGGAACCCCCAACUGCUGGGCCCCCUGCGUUUGACCUCGGCCUCCGCUUCAGUUCCAGCGACGCACACUGGGGUGCACAGGUCCCUAGUGAAACGCACCAUAACGAUGACGAUAAUCAGUACUUGAACAGUAUCCAGUCAAUUUGGAAUGCUUCAGCUCCAUCACCACUGGAGCGACUACUUGAACAACAAAAACAAAAACGGCAGAAUGAGCCACACUGAAGCAUGGCCAUGGCAGCCCUGUGAGGGUUUGAUUUAAAAACAACCCAGCAGAUUUACGCUGGUUACUCUUUUACUAGAGGCCGUGUGAGCAGCCAAAGGCAUAGAUUGUUUCUUCUACUUGAGGAGAGGCCUUCCAAGGGGAACAACUCUUAAGAGGUGUGGAACUGAGUCUGAUACAGCUUCAAACGAUGGUCUUCUUCGAUAGAAUGUUAAAACAGUCAACUCACUGAAAAAGAAUUUGCAUUCUGGGAAGAAAUAUAUACGACUAGUUGAGUCACAAGCAUCAGCUUCCAUUAAGCGUGUUGUGGAUUUUUCCAGUUAACAACGUACACUGAACUUGUCUCGUAUUUGAAAUUCGUCUCGCAUCUCAACGUGAUGUCAGCAUGGAUGCCAGUUGUGGAGGCACUGUUGCACAUCAUAUUGCAUCGUGUAAAAAUUGUGUAGUGGAUUACACUUAUUAUUCAGAUUUUUUGUAAUUUCAAUAGUCACAAUAUUCUUUGAUUUGAUACAACAUGAAUAUUUGUUUUUGAUUUAAUCGGUGAGUUUUAUUCACUGUUGGAUGAAAAGAUUCUUGGAACUGCUUCGAAGUGUCACUGGACACGAAAGACAUUGUUAAGUAUCUGUCUAUUGGUUGCAAAGACUGUUUUACAUAAGGUGAAGCAAGUAACAGCCAUUUUUAUUGGUCAUAAGUGAUGUAUGUAACCACCAUUCUUAUUGAUUGAUCCUACAUGAUUUAUGUAACAGCCAUUUUGAUUGAUUGUUAUUUGCUCUAUUUUAAUGAGCAAGAUAUUUUUAAAAAGAAAUAAUCCUAAAGUAUUUGGUGUAUUAUGUUUCUGUCUCUUAUAUUUGUGAACAUAACAUUUCAUGUUUUGUAAAGAACAGUUGUUUUGAUUGGCAGAUGUGCUUUUUUAAAGAAGCAUUUUGAUAAGUGAGACAAUUUUAAAGUAGUAUAGCCUUAUGUGUAAUGUCCAGCUUACUCCUGUGUGUUUUGUUCACAUUUGUAUAGUUAUUGCAAAUAGUUACAAAAAGAUUGGUGAGUGAAUUUUUUGGGUUUUUUGUUUGCCGUUAUUAGAUAGAUGUGGUUUGAUGCUAACUCUCUCAGAAUUGUAUAUAUAACAGAUAAAUAUAUAACAGUGCUACUGCAUUUUAAUUUCAACAGGAAUAGUUGGUAUUCCUUUAACGCUGGUACUUCAUUUGUAAUAAGGAGGACUUGAUCAGAUGUGUACAACUGACCUAACAAUAUUUCUGUUACAUUUUACUCAGGAGUUGUUUUAUAUCUUAGUAUCAUUUUAAGAUGUAUUGUGGGAGUCAAGGUAGUUUUUUUGGGGUGUUUUUUUAUGAUAGAUUUUUGUGGUGUGAAAUUCGAAAUGUGUGAAAUGUAAUGUAAAAACAGAAAUUUGUGAAACACUAGGUAGAGUUUGUAUGAAUCUUCACUUUUAAUGUAGUUUCUACAAAUCAGCAAUAUAUAAGGUACUGACUGAUCGUAAUUUUUACAUAUAUGGGACAUUACAAAACUUGCACAUUCAGGCAUCAAAAUACAUUGAGUACGUCCAUUGAGAUUACCAUGAGGUUGCAACCUGUCAGUAAAGUCGAGAACACUACUUUGUUCUUGACAAUAUCAAAUUAAACAAAAACACCACCACAUACAUUUUGAUCAAGUGUUUUUUUAAUCAAGUAUAAAAUACACAUACAAGUAUAAAAAUAAUGAUAAUCAUGAAAUGAAUGAGUAACAAAGUUAGCAUGUCUGUAAGCGGGUUUAAUAUUGAAAAUAAUGGGAAUUGUAAACUUGAUGAGAUUGUCAUAAACUAUAGUUUCCCAGAUCUACAUUUUGUAGUACUCUGUACAUGGAUUAUCAGAUACUAUGAUUAUUUGAUGGUUACACAUUGACUGAAAAUUAAUUGACAAACUGGAAUAGGGAAAAAAGACAAAAUAACAACAGAACAAAAGAUCUGCUGAUUGUUAUAGAGAAAGUGUGUCAUACAUUGUACUAAUUAGCCAUAAUUUGCGGAGAAAAUUUAAGGGAGGAUAAGCAGUGCAAUUUGGGUGGUGGUUACCGCUCAUAAAAGGUUUGAUCAAGCAGACCAGGAAAUGCUGGUUUUUUCCCAUUCAUUUUGUUUGUAAUAAGGAAUUAAUCUGGACACUACGAGUAAAAAUGGGAAUAAUUUUAAAUGCUACACUGAAAAGUUGAAGGGGUGUCCACCCUCAGGCACUUUGAGGCAGUUCAUUAACCCCUCUCCUGGUGAAACCCUGUGACUAGUACUUCAUUAAUUAAUCCUGCCUUGUUUGUAUUGUAAAAAAAAUGGUUUAUUGUUUUGUUUGUUUUUUGUCUCAUCUUGACACAAUCAAAAGGUGAGAUAUAGGUAUUUUCUGGUGAUGGCGUCAACAUCUGCAUUCAGCUCCAACAUUACAUUUCUGCUUUUAGUUCUAUUUCUCACUAACUGCAAGUCCUAAAUCAAUGAAACUUGAUGUAUAGUUAUACAUCUCACUUUCUGUAAGUCCUGGAUCAUUGAAACUUGCUUUAUAGUUCUAUAUCUCAUUAACUGCAAGUCCUGGAUCAAUAAAACUUGCUUUAUAGUUGUAUAUCUCACUUACUGCAAGUCCUGGAUCAAUGAAACUUGCUUUAUAGUUGUAUAUCUCACUUACUGCAAGUCCUGGAUCAAUGAAACUUGCUUUAUAGUUGUAUAUCUCACUUACUGCAAGUCCUGGAUCAAUGAAACUUGCUUUAUAGUUGUAUAUCUCACUUACUGCAAGUCCUGGAUCAAUGAAACUUGCUUUAUAGUUCUAUAUCCCACUUACUGUAAGUUUCUGAAUCAGUGAAACUUGCUUUAUAGUUGUAUAUCUCACUUACUGCAAGUCCUGGAUCAAUGAAACUUGCUUUAUAGUUCUAUAUCUCACUUACUGCAAGUCCUGGAUCAAUGAAACUUGCUUUAUAGUUCUAUAUCUCACUUACUGCAAGUCCUGGAUCAAUGAAACUUGCUUUAUAGUUCUAUAUCCCACUUACUGUAAGUUUCUGAAUCAGUGAAACUUGCUUUAUAGUUGUAUAUCUCACUUACUGCAAGUCCUGGAUCAAUGAAACUUGCUUUAUAGUUCUAUAUCCCACUUACUGUAAGUUUCUGAAUCAGUGAAACUUGCUUUAUAGUUGUAUAUCUCACUAACUGCAAGUCCUGGAUCAAUGAAACUUGCUUUAUAGUUGCAUCUAUGAAUGUUCAUCACAAAGCAUAUUUUUUUAAUUCUGAAUGUUACAUCACAGAUGGUUUCUUUAUUCGCCAAAUCAGUUUAUGGUAGACGAGACAAUUAAUUUUGUGGAAUUCUUGUUUAUAUUAUUGACAUAUAACAAUGUAUCUACAUGAUUAAAUGUGAAACAAACAAUACAUGAAGACAUUCUUUAUACUGAAGAACAUAUAUUCUGCUUACACAUUAUGAAAUAUUUCCUCUUGAAAGUUUUGUUUAACUCGCUUCAUUUUCAUUUUAUUGAGAGAAAAAAAAGAGUAUAAUUUGUUUUUAGAUUGAAAUGCAUCAUGUUAUGAGCAUUUUUGAAAAGUUAACCUUCAUGAAUGCCUCUAGCCUGGAAUGUUUGAGUUGCAAACCUCAUUAUAAUUGUUGUGAAAUUGCUGGUAUCAUUGGGAUCAAGUAUGUCGUGAUAAUCAAUAAUACUGGUAUAAGCUUAAACGUGCAGUAUCAUAUCAAGUGCCAUAUUUCGCUAUUUUUACAUUUCUUUUUGAUAAAUAGCUACAAAUUAAUCACACACAUAAUGUUUGCAUAAAUAACUCGGGAAUAUCAAAAUUAUAAUGUG